CCUUCAGUCUCUCACCAACCACCAUCGUGAACACACACACCUCGCCUCUCCCAGCUCCUCUCACACGCUCUCCCAGCCUCCUCGUGCUCUCACCUCUUCCUCUCACCUCUCACAGCCCCCCGUCACCCUGCCACGCUUGCCAACCCACGUAAAUACUCAAGGUAAGGAGCACACCUGGCGCCUUCAAACCAGCCAUGUCGAGGCACUGAGACCACCACACACCUGCUGACACACACCUGCUGACACACCUGAUGAUGCUGAAGACAUACCUCGCCGCUGCUCUUUGUAUCACCUGUAACCCCGGAUUGGCUCAUGAUGUUGAUACAGGCGGCGAGGGAAACCUACUACGCGGGGUGACAGUUCCCCAGUACGCGUUCGCCGGGGGGCAAGCGACUCUUAGCUGCUCUUACGACCUCAAAGCUAAGCGCCUGUACUCUCUCAAAUGGUACCACAACAACACAGAGUUCUACAGAUACGUGCCAACUGAGCGGGAGACGCCUAUGAGUGACCAAGCAACCCCCAAAUUCACUGUCAAUGAGCUGUUUAGAGAUGACAAGAGGGUCACACUCUCUCUCACUCGCCUGUCUGUCUCCGCGUCUGGUCAGUACAGGUGUGAGGUCAUCGCGGAACACCCUUCCUUCAGAACAGAGUGGCAUAAGGCAACCAUGACUGUCCUACGUCAGCCCCUCUCCGCCCCCGUGCUGGUGGGAGCGCGGGAGGUGUAUGAGCCAUCAGAACUGAUCAAAAUUGGUUGUCAGCCAGAUAACCACUUCCACGGUGACCACAAGCCCUCCCUCCAGUGGUUCCUGCAGGGCAACGAGGUGGCCGAGGCAGGGGGCAGUAUACAGGUAGAGUGCCGGCUCACGCUUGGACCGCACCAGCUGGCCACCAACAAGACAAUCAGAGUGAGAUUAAGAGUGCUGGUUGACGAUCCGUUGGCCUCAGGUUCCCAGGAGGCUGUGGUGAACGCGAGUCACUGCUGUUCACUGCUGCCCUGCCUGUCCAUGCUGACGCCCCGCUGUGCUGACCAUGCUGAUGAUGAUUAUGAUGAGGCUCUAGGAAACCAUUUAGAGAGUAGAGUAAUGGGUGUCUGUCUUAAUGGGUUGAAUUUUUCCCCUUGUUUUUUUUUCCUCUUUUUCGUUUUUCCGUUUUUUUCCCUCUUUUUCUCUUUUCUUCUUGUUUUCUCUUCUUCUCUCUUUUUCCCCUCUUUUUCUCUUCCCCUCCACAGUCCCUCCACAGUCCCUCCACAGUCCCUCCACAUUCCCUCCACAGUCCCUCCACAGUCCCUCCACAUUACCUCCAGUUCCCUCCACAGUCCCUCCACAUUACCUCCACCUUCCCUCCACAUCCCUCCACAGUCCCUCCACUUUCCUCCACAGUCCCUCCACUUUCCUCCACAGUCCCUCCACAGUCCCUCCACAGUCCCUCCACAGUCCCUCCACCUCCCUCCAUACAAUAUAAGACGCCCCGCCACAGCACCGCCACAGCACCGCCACAGCCACAGCACAGCCACAGCACAGCACACAGCACAGCCACAGUUAGCCACAGUUAGUCACAGAACAAACUGCAGGAGGAGGGAGUCCUUACCGAAACAAGUGAAGGAUAGAAGGAACAACGCCCUUGGGAAGACACGAUUCGACACACUCACAGCUAAAUGGUACGGCAGGACAUCUUCUGAAGUCCCCCAGUACUUCAUAAAGGGCGUGGCUAAGGUGACAAGAUACCUCACCCCUUCUGCAGGAGUUUCUCUUACAUCCUUCGUCACUAGUAAGGAAUGCCGGCCGCUAGAGUCCCGCCAGGCGCCAGUGAUAGGACACCACUGCUUGUCUGAGGAUCUACUGGCUCCAGGACCGCCCUUCGUCACUAGAGCUUCCCCCUCCGUCAGUGUCGCCGUCACCAGAACCACAAGCACCACCAUCACAGUGUUACCGGCGCCCUAUGCCUCCUCUGCCCCCCUGCCGCUCCCCCCUGCCACCCCCUGCCGCCGACACACCACCCACACCUCUACCACUACCCCACACCCCUGCCAAGACACUAAAAACCCUGCUAUGAAUUCAAAAGCCCUGCUCACACCCCUGUUACUACCCUGCACCCCUGUCAAGACACUAAAACCCCUGCCAGAACUCUAA